AUGCAGUCGACAUUUUCGAAGGCCAUUUCUAGGUUAACUUCCUUCUGGAGGAAGAAGGGCAGGCAAACAGACGCAAAACAGAACAAAGAAGACGAUGGAAGUUCUCAUAAUGAGCCGGUGACUCCUCAGGAGGAAGAAAGGGAGCCACCGUCCUCCUCCCUCCAAGAAGAUCACAAAUCCUCAAGAAAAAGUAGUAGCAGCAGCUAUCAUCCACAUGAUCUCAAAAGCAUGCCGCAGCUCAUUGCCAACAUUGUCGAUCAACAUGCUACUAACAACCCUGAAAAGAUCUUUGCGUCAAUACCUUUCGACAACGAUGACCUGAGUCAAGGCUUCCGAGACAUAACCUAUCUCGAUCUCCGCAAAGCGGUCGACAAAGCUGCAUAUUGGAUUGAACAGACGCUGGGAGUCCCACCUAAGAACACACACAGCCCGGACCAACAGGCGGACGGGAGCUCUGAUUCCAAGUUUCCGACAUUUGCGUUUUAUGGUGGACGGGAUCUGAGGUAUUCAAUCUUCGUUAUUGCAGCCAUGAAGACGGGCUAUAAGAUGCUUUCUCCUUCACUGCUUUGUGCGAUGGAUGCACAUGUGUAUCUCGUCAAAGAAACCGAUUGCCACAAUCUCUUGUGUGUUCCAUCCACGGUUCCACUGGUAGAGGAAAUAAUCGCCCAAUUCCAAGAACCACAAGCAGAGAAAGACUCGCCAUCGCCUUAUACUAUAUCGAACACUAUCGUCCCGGAACUUCUUGACAUCCUUCCCAUAGAGAAGACACAAGAAGAAGAAGACAGAUACUAUCCGUAUAACAAACGCUGGGACGAGGCAUGUCAUGACCCUUGUCUCAUUAUCCAUACCAGCGGUUCGACUGGUAUGCCCAAGAUCAUCUACUACACACAGCGUAUGCUUGCAAAUCCGUUGUUUCAGAGUCUUCAACCACCGAUAAACGACCAACCCCCUUUAGUCAAUGAAUGGCAUGGACGGAUCUUUACUACGGUGCCUCCUUUCCAUUUGCUAGGGUAUGCUGGGUUUCUCGUCUGCCCUAUAUAUUUUAAUUGCGUUGGGGUUAUGGCGCCACCAGGGAGACUGAUAGACGCUAACUUGGCGGACGAAAUGCAUCGAUAUGCCCGUUUGGAUGGCGGCAUGUACCACCCAUCGCUCCUGCAAGACCUCGUGCGCGACGAGCACAAGCGACAAGAAUUAGGUAAACUAAAAGUUAUUUUCUAUAGCGGAUCGCCGCUCGAAACGACAACGGGUCAGUGGCUAGCAUCAAAUUUUGGGACUGUAAGAAACCUCCUCGGCAGCACAGAGAGCUUCGGAUGGCCCGUCGCGAGAGUCAUUGAUCCAGUAAAUGACUGGAAUUAUAUUCACUUUUAUCCUACCAAUGGUCUUCAUUUCGAGCCUGUUGGCCUUGAAGGUGCCAAAGAUGCGAAAAAAUCUGGAAAAGAGAACGACGAGAAUGACGAGCUAUACGAGCUAAUCGUUCGCCGUACCCCGGAAACAGAGACUCUGACAAACAUCUUUCUUUCUCGACCACAUUUGACAGAGUGGCCGACAAGGGACCUAUGGAAACCUCAUUCAGAUCCAGCAAAGAAAGGCCACUGGCUCUACCGAGGGCGAACAGAUGACCUUGUCGUGCUCAGCGGAGAAAUCAAAAUGUAUGCUGCUUCCCUAGAGGACAAGAUCUCAUCUGCGCAUCCUCUAAUUCGCACCGCCCUUAUUGGUGGCAAUCAACGAAAAUGGCCGUUUUUAUUGCUUGAAUUAGUUGACUCUGCUACCGCCUCUCCUAGCUCUGCUACUCUAGACGAUAUUUGGUCUCGCCUGGAGGAGAUCAACAACAGAUACACCCAUGGAUCUGUGCGUUUACACAGGUCGUUGGUCCUUGUUGUUGAUAAGUCUCGACCGUUUGUGCGCUUGGCAAAGGGUUCGGUCGCUCGAAACCCGACGUAUGCGCUGUAUAAACAGGAUAUUGACGAUUUGUAUGCGGCCAUGGAAAAAUAA